AAUGCAGGCAACCAUCCAAUCAGAAUGCUAUCUCUUCCCUGAUACCUGAUGCCAGCUUCCCUGGUAAUGUAGGCCACUGAAGCAAAUCCAGAGAGAUUGAGUUAGAAGACAAAAUAGCAUCCAAGAUUCAUUUGGUCAGUGUUCUACCCUUUCCUUCUUCACUGCCAGGAACAGGAAAGAAUAUCAGCAUGGUUUUCAGCUUAGGCAUUCCAAGCUAGGCCUAGUAUCAGGAAAAAGAAAGAAAGAGGGAAGUGACGGCAUUAAAAAUAAUCAAAAAGAAGACCACAAUUGAAGAGGAAGAACAAAGAACAAACCCAUACAUCCAUGAAAGUAUGCGUUGGCUUCUGGACAGUGGUAGCUGGAAGAAAUUUGGACACGCUGACAGGGGAAACUAUGACUGGUUAACCAGUGAACCAGGUAUGCCAUUGGUGGAAACAGAGCUACAGAGUCAGCAUAAAGCAAGUUCGACCAAAGAAGACAUAGAGCCAUUCCUAUGCAUCAUAUUACCAGCUACCGUGAUGCUCUUCCUGGCAUUCCUGUUGCUCUUCCUUUAUAGACGUUGCCAACGUCACAAUCCUCAGGCUCAGAUCUUCAGCAUUGACCUGCCAGAAUCCCUUCCGGAGCAUGAGGUGACAGAUUUUCUCUCUGUGCUACCCUGGAACAAUGAGCAGAGGUUCCAAUACUCCACUCUCCUGCCUGAAACUGCCUUUCUCACUGUGUGCCUGCCUCCAUCAUAUGAGGAGGCCACCAUGAAGGCAUCCAUGGAAGAGGACCAUGUUCAGCGAUUUCAGGAGCCUUUGCCUCCUUAUGAAGAGACCAAACAACAAUAAGCACACAGAAUUCUUUUUAGUCAGGGUCUCCAGUCUAUAAUGACUUCUGAAAACAAAGUAAGAAGAACUAAGAGCAAGGCAAUCUGUACAAGCACAAUGGAGCUUCAAAGGAUUAAUUUAAAAUGGUAACAGUAUCAAUUUAAAAUGGAAUAUAUAUUGAAACAGCUCACCAGCCAACUGUAUUGGAUGAAGGAAAGAUUAAACUUAACACUAUGUCUAGGAAAUUCCUGGAGUAAAUGACAUACAGAUGUUUUAGAAGGCGAAUCUGAAGUGAGUUGGAUUGCAACAGCUGUGUUGGAAAGCAACUAGACUUGAAUUACAUAUAUACAUAAUUGAAAGGGCUUUAACGUUUGUAAUGCAGUAAUAUUUCUUAGACAUUUUAUGAGUUCAACAAAUAACAAGUUUACAUAUCAAAAUACUACAGAUUAUACAUUACUUUUGAAAUGUAUCUGAAGGUCUCUGAAUGGCACACACAAUAAACGUGCGGUUUUUUGAGUGUUUAAGAAAAGUGGAACAUUUGGAGAUUUAAUUAUUGGAAGGCACAAUAAGAUACUUAAUACACUAAUGCGGUAAUCUUCUGCACUGUGUAUAGAACAAUUUCACGAUUUUUCUACUUUUAAA